AUGUCUCCCACUACAACACCACUACUAAUCCCAGCUCUUCCCACGAGAACUGUCAUAUUUACCGGAACCCAUCAUCCAGCCCCACGAGAACUGUCAUAUUUACCGGAACCCAUCAUCCAGCCCCACGAGAACUGUCAUUUUACCGGAACCCAUCAUCCAGCUCCACGAGAACUGUCAUAUUUACCGGAACCCAUCAUCCAGUACCAAGAGAAGUGUCAUAUUUACUGUAACCCAUCAUCCAGUCCCACGAGAACUGUCAUAUUUACUGUAACCCAUCAUCCAGUCCCACGAGAACUGUCAUAUUUACCGGAACCCAUCAUCCAGCCCCACGAGAACUGUCAUAUUUACCGGAACCCAUCAUCCAGCCCCACGAGAACUGUCAUAUUUACCGGAACCCAUCAUCCAGCUCCACGAGAACUGUCAUAUUUACCGGAACCCAUCAUCCAGUACCAAGAGAAGUGUCAUAUUUACUGUAACCCAUCAUCCAGUCCCACGAGAACUGUCAUAUUUACUUCCCACGAGAACUGUCAUAUUUACUGUAACCCAUCAUCCAGUCCCACGAGAACUGUCAUAUUUACCGGAACCCAUCAUCCAGCCCCACGAGAACUGUCAUAUUUACCGGAACCCAUCAUCCAGCCCCACGAGAACUGUCAUUUUACCGGAACCCAUCAUCCAGCUCCACGAGAACUGUCAUAUUUACCGGAACCCAUCAUCCAGCCCCACGAGAACUGUCAUUUUACCGGAACCCAUCAUCCAGCUCCACGAGAACUGUCAUAUUUACCGGAACCCAUCAUCCAGUACCAAGAGAAGUGUCAUAUUUACUGUAACCCAUCAUCCAGUCCCACGAGAACUGUCAUAUUUACUGUAACCCAUCAUCCAGUCCCACGAGAACUGUCAUAUUUACCGGAACCUAUCAUCCAGCCCCACGAGAACUGUCAUAUUUACUGUAACCCAUCAUCCAGUCCCACGAGAACCGUCAUAUUUACUGUAACCCUUCAUCCAGCCCCACGAGAACUGUCAUAUUUACCGGAACCCAUCAUCCAGCCCCACGAGAACUGUCAUAUUUACCAGAACCCAUCAUCCAGCCCCACGGGAACUGUUAUAUCUACCGGAAGCCAUCAUCCAGCCCCACGGGAACUGUCAUAUUUACCAGAACCAAUCAUACAGCCCCACGUUUCUCAAUAG